CCCCCGGCGGGAUGAGGCCGGCCCCUGCCCCCGGCGGGCUGAGGCCCCCGGUUCCCGCUCGGCUCCGCCGCCUCUCCGGGUUAACCCACUCUGGGCACCAGCAGCUGCGGGACUUCCUGCGGCCGGAGCCCGGGGCCUCCCCCCGGCCCCAGCCCCAGCCCCGGCCCCGGCCCCGGGUCCGCUGCUCCUCCCGCCGCCUCUUCCUCUACCGGCCCGGGGGGAACCGGCUGCUCAGCCUGGAGCACAGGCCGGCCCGGGGGCCCGCUCCAAGCCCGCUCGACAGGAGCUUGCCCCCGGCCGAGCGGCUGCUGGAGGUGCUGGAGCUGGAGAGCCCGGGGCCGGAGAGCCCGGGGCCCCUCACCGCCCUCAUCACCCAGCGCGGCCGGGCUGAGUUCUGGAGCUGCCGGGAGGCCGGGGGCUGGCACUUGCUGCAGGCCGCCGAGCUCUGCUCCGAUCCCCGGGCUCGGGUACUGUCAGCCGCCUGGGCCGGUCACUCCAUCACCUGGUGCGAGGAGAGGCCCCGGGCCGCCGCCGCCGCCGCCCCGCAGCGCUGCAUCUGCAGCCGGAGCCUGGGCCCGGGCCCGGGCCCCGGGCACAGCGGCCUUUCCCUGGGGGCUGUCCGCUUCCUCAUGCACAACAGCCCGGCCUACAGGCUACUGGCGGCCGGGGAAGCAGUCUACCUGCUGCCUAGCAACAGCCCCAGCGACCGCCCCACCCCUAGCAACGGUCCUGGCCACUGUCCGGAACCCGGUAACUGCCCCAAGCCGAGCCACUGUCCUGGCAGCUCUCCCUUGCCUGGUAAGUGCCCUGGGCCCAUGAGUAACGUGGUCAAGUUCAUCCUGAUCUGGGACCCCCAGGAGGACACCUUGACCAUCACCAGCCUGGCUCGAGGACCACUGGGCACCAAGAGACUGCUCCCUGGGGACUCUGAUUUCAAGGGGCUGGUUGCAGACACUGCAGGCCUCUUGCCUUCUCUCCCAUUACUGGACAUCAGGGCAGUCUCCCCCUGUCCAACUGGACUUCUAUUGGCCACGGCCAACGGGGAGGUCAGCCUGAUCCAAAGUGACGGGACAGUCCGGCUCCUGUGCUGCCUGAACAGCAACCCCCCGGAUGAGGACUCGAUGAUGAUGGAGCUCUGCGAGACCACCUUGGUCUGCACGUUGGGCAGGACUCUGCAAGUGUUUAACACCGAGACAGGUAGGAUGAUGGAGGAGACAACUCUAGAGGUCCAGCCCCUGGCCCUGCUGGCCUGCCGGGAAACCAGCGAGAUCCAACUACUUGCAGAGGAUGGUGUCUACGGCAUUGGGAAUCACCCCAGUCACUCCAACACCGCAUCGAGGUGGGGGAAAAACCAGUGCCAGGAGAUGCUGGAGCAACUGGUCUUGGAGGAAGCCUGCAAGUAUUACCAGAAAAGGAGCUUGAGUCGCAGCAGGUUGACAGUGGAGAAGCUGAAAAGUGAGGCAAUGUUCCAGGCGCCUCUUGCUCUCUGCUCCAUCUUGCAGAACCAACUCCAUCUCAGGAAGACUGGCCACUAUAACCAGCAGACCUGCAGCAAACUGCACAACAUCAUGGCUGGGGAAAUACAAAGCUACACCAAUUUGGAGGAAGCCAAGUCCUUCAUUGUAAAUGGAUCAGAGAGUGAGGUGGCCACUUACAUGGAGGAAAUAACCGAACAGGAGAUUCAGAGGCUGCUCCACUGUCAGCUUGACCGGGAGGCAUUGGUCUAUUUGAAUUCCAUUUUCAACACCUUCCCAAGGGAAGCUUGGAAGGCUGUCAAAAGAACACUGCACCUGCACCAGAACAGUGAGGGGUCCCUCUCCGCCAGAGCCACUGCUGAUCUGUGGAGGGUGGUACUGAGUCCGGGUCUCCCAACCGACCAGCAGGUCACCAGCAACGGAGUGGUACCAGUCUUCGAGCUGACCUGCGGCUUGCUCUACCGGUUCCAACCCAAAUGGCUGCCAAAGUUUGUCGAGCUGACUCAGCAGCAUCUGGCUGCUUGUCGGAACUAUGGAGGUAGUGAGGGGCCAGAAAAUGCCCCUUUGUACAAGAGAGCUCUUUCAGUCAUCCCGCCAGCCUGCGUUGGCGGGGCCGGAGACCCCACCGAUACGGCUAUUGAGCUCCUGCUGUGCAGUAAGAGGCCGAAUGCCAUAAUCCAAGCAGUUCGGAUCCUGAUUGAGCGGAGGAUGUGGCAAAGGGCAGUGGAGGCCGCUUGCAGGUUCUCACAACAAGGGCCGCUGCUUAAGAAGGAGCUCUUUGCUGCCAUGAUGGCCCAGGUUUCCCGGCACCGAGCCCUGGAUCCGUACUUGGAGGAGAUUUGGGAACUGUGCCCUGAGGAUGCCACGGUCACAGACGUACUUGACAUCAUCCUGGGAUCUGUGCCCUCCUCAAGCUAUGAGCCUGGACCAUACUCGAGCGACAGUAACCAGCUGACCAUCGGGCUCCUGCGGCCACUGCUGGCCAAAGUGUUGACACGGGGUGCAGAUCAGCGGAGCGUAGACAUGGGUGAGGAGCUAAAGACUCUGGUCUUCCCUCCGCCCACACCACCAAGACAGAAACAAGCAGCCAGUCAACCCAGCCCUCUGAACUCUGAACCUAUUGCUGAGGCAAACAAGCCAUUGUGAACACUACUGUAUAAAGACUGUGAAAUACCAAAAGGUUUACACUUUUUGCUGUGAAGUCGAGUUGAAAAUUUCCCUGAGGUAUUGUUUAAUAUACUCUUGUUUAAAAAUAUCAGGGAAGUUUUAUAAUAAUGCUGCACAUGAUAAAGACAAUGCCCAGCUGACGAGUAUGAGAACAAUUACUUUUAUAAACCCCCUGCCCCCAUUUUGUCUGAAACAUUUGUUACACCUAAUACAACAGGGAGCUCAAAGGUGGGCAUGUAUCCGGAGGUGCUGGGUGGAUAGUAGGCGCAGAAGCAAUGCUGCCCUGUUUUACUCACCAAAGCACCUUUCUUUUCAAGCAGGUUAUUAAGCAGUUUUGCCAAUGCCCACCAUCGAGAUUCUGUUUUAAUUAUGUGCCAUAUUAUCCUUGCCCUUGUUUUCAUUGGGCUAACACCUGGCUCGAUUGAGAAACGGGGUUUGGAAAAGAUGGUUGAGAAAGAACACCCUUGAGUGUUAAAUUCAGAAAUGAAUAAACAAAUGUCUUAUUUAUCUUAAUUGUAUUUACUAUUCUUUUUUCUCCGUUUAAUUAUGUUUCUCAUGAAGAUUUUACUUGUUUUGGGAUAGACGAAGGCUGCAGUGUGAUGCAGUUGACGUGGCAUCUGUGGCUUAAAUCGCCCACUACCAGAAAGGAGCACCUCCCUGUGGUAGGGUAUGCUCACUACCUGUGACCUUCACGAUGUGCAUUUGUAGCCGGAGAGAUUUCUCAGCUCCAUCACAUCGUCAGAGCAAUCUGCCCCUUGUGUUGUGUGACUAGCUUGAGAGAUUGCAAGACAUGCCAAGAGACCGAGGUUUUGAAAUCCUCGUUUCAGCGCUCCUUACCUACCGUUAAUAUGACCUGGCUGGUAGGGUAUAGGGUCAUACACUGUCCAGCUGAUUCAAAGCAGUAAGGAGUGAUCUUCAGAGGGUUCAGUGAUGGUGAAAUUUCCUGUUUGCUUUUGUUGUUUCGUUGUCAUGAGCGCUAUAUCUUUACUGCAAGAAUAAGUCCACUCGGGUCGUCUUGUGUGAAAAUCUUCAUUAAUCACAUCCCACUGUCGGGGACAGACCUGUAACCAAAGUCGUUUAGCCUUACCAUACAGUUCUUUGCAGAUGCAAAUGAUUGGGAAAGGGCUGAAUCUAGUAUUAGCUCACAGUACGGUACAGUUAGACACUGUUCAACGUUCACCAUUGCAGUGUUACUGGAACCCUGUCUACCUGAGAUGAAAUGGGGACCCAGUGCAUCUCAUUAUUUUAACCCACUCAAACUGUCUGGAUCGAACAGUGAUUCACGCAGUGAAUUAACCUUGUCAGAGGAAAAUUGGAGAACCAAAAUUCUGGCUUUUCCCAUCUCCCCAAAGGGUUUCUCAUGAUGUUCACAUCCAUGUUACGGAACACCCACUGCUGCCAGUCUCCCCUAUCUUCUGGGCCGCUUCCAGUUCUUUGAUUAUCAGCCUUCAGAAUCAAAUCUUUGAAAUGCUGCUUGUCCUGGUCCAGUUUUAUGAUCAGCUUUUAUCUUUUGGUUUUAAAAUAGGAGGGUCAGGUUGGGAUAACCAGAAUAUAAAGAGCUUUGCAAUCAACAGGUGUCCCACCGUGACUCAGUUGAUAAUGGUGAUGCUGCUGGAUCCUCAGCCGAGUGAAGUUGACUGGACAGCAAGUGGAGUCUAGUUAAUCCUGGAUUUGGGGGAGAGGCGGGUAGAGAUCAGCCAGGAUUCCAAUUCCAGGACAAUGUCAAAGAGCUUUUUCCCACUACCCCUCCCCUUACUAGAAUGUGUGGGAUAGGAGGAAUCCUCUGCACCAUACAGGGGAAUGGCUUCUGACACUUGCCAUCUGAGCAAGAGAAAAACUGAGAGUUACUGAAUCGUGAUGUGCCCUGUGGUUCUAUAGCACAGCAAGAGUCAGAGCCUUUAAUGAAAGGGAAGGCCCUGGACUGAUUUUUACAAUUGCUUUAUGCAUGUCCAAAGGAGCAUAACCCUCACUCCUGUAGCUAAAUGGUAAUCCAGCAUGUCGCUUCCUUUCAUGGCCAUCAGAUGGUUCCUUAAGCAGUUAAGAGAGAAGAUUGACAUAAGACUGUUCACUUAACACUGUACUAAAGUUAACAUGGUUAUAUGUUCCAGUCAUUAAAGCUUAUUAAAUCCCUGUUGAUGCUCUUUUUGCAUAAUGCAUAAUUAAAAUAAAUGUUUGGGACAUUCCGAUCUUUCCUCAGACUCCAAAUAAAUUGUAAGCACUGUUGAUGCCAC